CAAAAGUCAAACAAAUCGUCUUCGAUUUUGUGUAUCGUUCUGAUUUUGUGAUUUUCCCACACAAUAUUUUAUUAUUGCGCUAAAAUUCCUAUACUUAACUUUUCCUUACUCUUUUAUUAAUGUGCUUCAGAGUUUUAAUGAAAUAUGUCUCAAAAAACUCGUAAAGAAAAAUCCAGUCCAACGACUUCGUUAAAAAACAUAACAAACACCAAAGCUCGAGGUUCCUUAAAUUCCAAACAAAAGUGCGUCAUUAAAAUGCAAAAGAUCGACAUUGAAAUUCUAAAAGCGGCAAAUGAUGCAAAUGACAAGGACAUCAAAUCCACCACCAAACCGCUUAAACGCAAACCAAAGAGAUCCGAUGAAAAUCUACCCUCGAGCAAAAAGAAACCUCCCGUUUCUGUUCAAUCAGCUGCUCCCACAACAACAGAAACUCCAAAAACAACAAAAGCCUCCUCUUCGCCGUCGUCGUCGUUGGUAGAAGCCGCUCCAGCUGUUGUUCGUGAUGAAGAACAAUCCGUGGAAAAUCAAAUCAGAAAAUAUGAACAACUUCAAAAAGUCAUCAGCAACAAAUACGUCACCGUCGUGGAUCGUUUAAAUCUCAGCUAUGUACCAUUUUGCUGUGAAAAUCUGGAGUUCUGUCAGAGGAAACAUUAUAAAAGAGCCCCAUCGCCCAAGCUUCCAAGUGCCAAUCAAAUGAAUCUCAUAAGGAGCGCCCUCCAGCAGUCCAGAUACAAUGCCUUCAUCAGUCUCGUGUGGGGCCUGUGCCUCAAGGACCAGUUCCCAGGGGACAUUGUCCUAACAAAUAUCAUCAAAUUAAUCCUUUCUUUAAAUCCAGAACACCAACACAAUUCCUUCCUGCAGAACAUCAUCGACCAGCUUCUUUGUCUGUUCGAUGUUAUUCUGAAGACAUUCCCACCAUGUUGGCUGGCGUUGCGAAAGAGCUACAUCACAUUCCUGCGAAACACAAUGGAAAUAUCCCGUCUCUUCCCAGACAAACCGCUCAACGCGGAGAACACAAUCUUCGAGGUGAUUCUGAUGUUGCUCGAGGACAAUCUGGACGAUGGGGAGAAUAUUAAACAAAAUCGCAGUCUUAAGAAAAAGAGAGGUUCACUCAAUACUUCCUCAUCUUUGGCGUUGAACAAUUACGACAAUGAGUAUUACAACAUGCAGCACUGGGAGAAGAAUGACAAUGACGAGCAGACCUUUUCUGCUCUCUCCAAGGACACGCGUAUCGAGCGAAUAAUGCAGGUGUUGCAUUUUCUUGCCAAAAUGCUGGAAAUGGACAUGGCCAUGUGGAUGCUGCGUUACCACAAGAAUCCUGCUAAAUAUAUUUACAAUGCCUCGACACAACCGCUGGUUAUAGAGCUCUUUGCGUUGUCCGAGUACAAGAGCUCGUCGGUGCUGGUCAAGAAAGUGAUGUCACUGUUUUCGCUGUGCGUCGAGAAGGAUCUCAAUCAGAACUAUCUCAGUAUUAUGGAUCGUUUUAUCUCACUUUUGGCAAAUGUACAAAAUUUGCGUGAAGUUGAAAACACGAAUGCAGGCAUUAAAUACCCAAUUGUCGGGCCAAGGACGUCUGCAUUCACGAUGGAACUUUACAAAACCGCCGAAGUCAACAUGAAGACGAGUGUUCGGACUUAUUUGAGGCUUGUAAAAAAUUUGAAUUGCCCCUUCGUGCGAUACGAGUACAUUGACAUCUUCCUAAAGCGUUUAAAUCCUGCUGCUGGCAAAAUGGGACCUCAGAAGAUUUUCGAAAACUUUCGCAAAAAUCGCUGGCUCGAGUGUGCUCUUGACGAGGAACGCCCCCUAGACGAAUCGCUAUCAAAGCUGAAAUCAAUUGUAUAUCGUCAAGACUAUUUAAAGAUUAUCUUAGAGGCUCUGCGCAGCUACUGUGAUUACUUUGCUCUCAAAGAUUUCUUCCAAGAAUUCGUAGGAUCUACUCAAACCAAAGAAGACAACAAUAACAUCUUGAAAAAACAACAAAAAUCCGACUCGAAUCAAAGAAAACCCCAAAGCCAAUAUAAUAUUUCUUCGUUAAGGAAGAACAUUGUAAAACUGGAAAAGAACUUGGAUAUGUCCGCAAAGAUGCAAAUGUCCAAAAUUGAUAUUCCAACUCUAAAUAUAGCCGUCAAUGCGGAAUUGCUUUCCCAAUAUCGAAAUGAUUUGAAAUAUGUUACAAAUUUGCAUUCGUACAUUUCUGCAUUGCAACAUGAACACGAUGAGGAUUUCUCGGAGAUGAUUGAGUUCUUGAAGGACUUUGCACUGCAAUGCUGAGAAAUUUAUUUUGUUUAACGUAUUUUUGGUAAACUUAUUGCCGCAUGUACAAAAGUUGUUUUUAGUCUUUUUUUUUGUUUUAUAAUAAUUUCCCAUGUGAAAAUAUAUAUUUUUUUGUUUCCUUGUCCAAUAAUUGGAGUUCCUUUUAAAAAAAAACAAAGCUUUGCUGAAGUGUACAUUUAUUUUUGUUCAGUUUUUAUUUUUAAGUUGUAUUUUUAGGAAACAUAAAUAUCCAUAAAUAUAAGAAAACGUACCUUGGUUCUCAAACAGAGGAUACACAAA